AUGGAUUAAUUGAAUUCAUGGGGUUAUUGUAAUCCAACUAAUUGGGAAGAUAAACUGCCAAAACCAUAUAAGUACUUUAUUGCUUCCUACGCUAGGUUCAUAAACAAAAUCUUAAAUACUAUGAUACUUAAUGAAGUCUAUAACAAAGUUUUCGAAAUUGAAAAAUAUCGUUCUGAUCCAAACUAUGAAGGACAAUUAAGAACACUGCCUCCUUAAGGUGUUUUUGAUAUUCCUUAAUUGAGUUGUGUUAGUCGAGAUAGUUCGAGCAAUUUAGUAGCAGCUGGGGACUCUUAGGGAAAUUUAAUGAUAUUGGACUUAAGCAAGAAACUAAGAAUUGCCAAGAAAGAAACAAAUGGGAAAAGAAUACUUAAAGUAUGUUUAAGCAGUAGAGAUCAAGCGCCGGAUGAUUACAAGAAUGUUUGUGUGUAGAAAGUCAUUACUAAUUUAGGAUUGGUGUUGUUUAACAUAAUGAUCCAGUUGUGUACAUUUAUCGGUUCAGGCCAUUAGAAAAUAAAUUAUUGCUUCAUUAUACGAUUACAAUGUCAAAGGACAAGAAUGCGAUUGGUGAAUAUCCAGUCGAUGUAGACAUAAGUUAAUAUUCUUAAUAUAUAACUGUUACAUAAUAUAAUGGAAGUGUUAAAGUGUUUAGAAUUCCAGACUUAAAGAUAGAUUUACAAUCAAAUUCAAGUCAAAUAUCAAGCAACAGCGUUGGAGCAUAAAGUCCAAGACACUUAUAAAGUCAAUUCAAACCAUCACCAAUAAAAGGGAAAGAAUAGCCAAUAGUUGUUCCAGUGCAAUAAUAACAACAAAUUUAAACAUCUCCUAUGGAUAUUACAUGCUCUGAAUUAACCGAUUUGGUGUAUUAGGUGAAGUUCAAUGGAAUAAAGAAAACAUUAGAUUACAAUGGAAUAAUAGCUAAAAUCAAAUAAGAUUUCACUACUCCAAAAGAGCCUCCUCCUGAAGAAAAAGUUGAUCCUAAAAAGAAAGCUCCCGUUCCUGCAAAAAAACAAGUUGAAGUAGCACCUGUGCCAGUAGUGGUGGAGGAAGUACUUUAUGAUGAAAAUGAAAAUGGAGCAGUACCAAACGAUGAUGCUUAUCCAACUCAGAAGUAUCGAGCAAUGGUUGAAUUUAUAAUUGAAAGGUUUAGUGUUCAAAAUGGAAACAAAACAUUUAAUUCAUACAAGUAGCAUGAAUGUGUUACAGGCAUAGUUGUUGGUUGGACUAAUACAACAAGACUUGAAUUACAUCGUUUUACUAGUGCUAAGAGAUCAGCACUUCCAGAAUAUUUAAGUGCUUCUUUUGGAUUGCCAACUUAAUAGCUAUUUAAACAAUAAGCAUCAGUUACAGAGGUCUAAAUUCUUUACCCUUUGAGUUGCAUGGCUAUAUCCAAAUCAUCAGUGUACUUAGCCGCUGGAUUACAACAAGGAAGUGUGUUCGUAUAUGAUUUGAUUUUGGAAUAAGAGAGGUUCUAUUUAGAUAAGCACAUGUUCACUUGCACUCAGAUUCAAUUCUGUGAUGAUAGUAGAUUGGUAUCAUCUUCGUAUGAUGGAGGUGUUAACAUAUAUGAUAUAAAGGAAGGGAAGUUGUUGUGUAAACGAACACAUCAAUUUAGGAAGGGAAGUAAAGUUAAGAUGGAAGAACAGAAGCAAGGAUUGUGGAGAAUAAUUGGAAUGAGUGUUAGUCAUACUGGAGUGGCAGCUGCUUUGGAUGCACAAUAAGAGGUGAGAAUUUAUGAUGUCUGGCAUGGUGAAAAAAUAGGGAAACUCACUCCUUAACAAGUUAUGGAUGAUAAAUUGAGAUAAUGGGUUUAGGAUAAGGCAUUAGUGGCAUGUUAUAAAAAUGAAAUUUUAAUUUCGGCUGAUGUCUUGCAAGUUAAUCAAUAUACUACUCUACAAAUUUUCAAGAUAUUUGACAAUUUAGUUAAUUUGUUUCCAGGGUUAGCCAAUAUUUAUAGAAAGGGAAUUGAAAAAGAUAAAGUCAUGAAUCUAUUCGAAAAAAUACCCAAAAAUGAAUUACAAAAUCCAUAAUUCGAUAUACCCAACCUUUAAGGAAAUGGCAACAAUUAAUUGAAAAUCCCUGGAUAAGAACAUAGACCUAGUUAAUAAAGAGGAAGCCAAUAAAGAAUUGGGUAUGCCUAUAAAUAAAUAUAAGAUCCUAACAUGGUUCUCAUAAAAGUGGUAAAUUGCCUCCUGCAGUCCCAUCAAGUAUCAAGGGAGGUCCUGUCUCUCUCAUUAAUUCAUUGCAUAAAUCUAAUCAUUCAGAUUAAUAGGUUGACUUUAAUUCCUCCUUCAAAAGUUAUCAAGCUUCUUCAAUGUCGCAUAGACUCUCUAAAUAAAAUUCCAAAUAGGCCAUUUUGACCAAAGAAAUGCUACAUCCUGAAUAGUUCUUAUUAGAGAAGGACAAAUCUUCAAUUCCACUCUUAAUCAAGGACGACACCAGCAUGGUUGAACGGUGUCGAAGUAGAAAUUCUGAAAGGUUGGUGAGGAUUGAGAAGGUCAGUAAUAUGAUAUAGAAAGUGGGAUAAUAAUUGGCUUAAGAGGAGGAAAAGAAGAAGCUUCAAGAGCGUCAUCGUUAAUUGUCUUCUGCUAAAUGAUUAAUUAAUUAUGUAUUUGUUGUAAUGAGCCCAAAAAAUAUAAAU